UUCAUGUGCUUGGCUUUCCAUAGCUGUGUAUAAGUGCAAGUACGAAUGACGCCAGCUGACGCGCCUUUAAUUGAUAAAAAACGUUGAAGUGAGUCAAUGAAAUUCUUUACAACAAAGCUCCAAACAGUUUAAAAUGUAUUAUUUUAAUUUAUCAAUAUCUACAUAUAAAAGUUGUUCAUUCAUAUCAGUUAAAACUUUAUCUGAAUGAGCUGAGGUUAUAUUCAGUCUCGUGUUGAUCUAAAAUAAUCAAAAAUUCUAUUCAAAAAUUCUCAUCGUUAAUCAUUGAUAAAUGGUAAAUAAAGCCUAUUCAUCAGCAAAAAUGUCUUACGAGGGAGUAGCUAACGUCGAAAGCUCAACUCCUGAAACACAAAAUGGAAGCAGUGAUGGUAAUAUGUGCUUAGAACUGGCUCUAGAAGGCGAGCGUCUCUGUAAAGCAGGAGACUGUCGAUCAGGAGUAGCAUUUUUUCAAGCAGCUAUUCAAGCCGGAACAAAUGAUCUCCGAACGCUCUCUGCAAUUUAUAGUCAGCUUGGAAAUGCAUAUUUCUAUCUUGGAGAUUAUGUAAAAGCAAUGCAAUACCACAAACAUGAUUUAACUCUCGCCAGGACUAUGAAUGAUAAACUUGGAGAGGCUAAGUCAAGUGGAAAUCUCGGUAAUACUCUUAAAGUGAUGGGAAAGUUUGAUGAAGCGAUGAUUUGUUGUAAGAGACAUUUGGAAAUAUCACGAGAGAUUGGGGACAAGCAAAGUGAAGGACGAGCUUUGUAUAAUUUAGGAAACGUUUAUCAUGCUAAAGGAAAACAGGGUGGUAGAGGUCAUCAUGAUCCGGGUGAAUUUUCGGAAGACAUAAAGCAAUGUCUUCAACAAGCAGUCGGUUACUAUGAAGAGAACCUCGCGUUAAUGAGAGAGCUCGGUGAUUCAGCAGCUCAAGGAAGAGCUUGUGGAAACUUGGGUAAUACGUUUUACUUGUUAGGAGAAUUUCAGAAGGCUAUCUACUAUCACAACGAAAGACUGAAAAUAGCUCGAGAGUUUGGAGAUAAAGCUGCAGAAAGGCGAGCUAACAGCAAUCUGGGCAACUCUCACAUAUUCUUAGGAGAGUUUGAAAAGGCGGCAGCUCAUUAUAAACGUACUUUAGUACUGGCACAAGAGCUUGGAGAUCGGGCGGUUGAAGCACAAGCUUGUUACUCGCUUGGAAACACGUACACAUUACUACGUGAUUAUCCUACGGCCAUUGAAUAUCACUUACGUCAUCUCGCGAUUGCUCAGCAACUGAUGGAUCGUGUGGGCGAAGGACGAGCUUGUUGGUCAUUGGGCAACGCUUAUUCGGCUAUGGGUAAUCAUGAAAAAGCUUUGCACUUUGCUACAUUGCAUUUAAAUAUUUCGAAAGAACUUGAUGACCCUAUGGGCCAGGCCACCGCUCAAAUGAAUGUUGGAGAUCUUCAAAAAAUUCUCGGAAUGGAAAAUAAUGAGAAAGAAAAUGAUAAAGGGAGCAAUAAUAAUCCAAAUAUUAAUAAUCCUGUUCACACUACCCCUUCACCUGGAAGGUAUCGAUUAAGAAGACAAAGCAUGGAUAACUUGGAUUUAAUCAAGCUAACACCAGAUGCUAAACAGAAGGAUAAUCCACCACCGACUCGAACUGUCAUAGCGCCACAGCCUUCACAAGAAGAGGAGGAAGAAAAUUUCUUUGAACUCUUAUCGAGAUGUCAAUCAGGAAGAAUGGAUGAUCAAAGAUGUGUAUUGAAUACUAAUAAGAAACCACGAGUCAAAGCACCUGCUCCCGAAAAAGAAAAGGACGGAGAAGAUUUGUUGGAAUUAAUUGCUGGAAUGCAAAGCAAACGGAUGGAUGAGCAAAGAGUAACGUUGCCAUACUUGCCAGGAUUAAACACAAAUCCAAAAAAUCCAGCUGGAAUGAAAACUCCAGUAAGGACUCCUCAAGACGCUGAUGAUUCUUUUAUAGACAUGUUACUUCGUUGCCAAAGUUCAAGAAUAGAAGAUCAACGAAGUCCUCUACCUGCAGCAACUGCUCUUCAGGAUGCUGAAGAAGAACCAAACCAAAGAUCCAACGGAAAUCUUCAUUCAGCUACGACUGUGCCUGAAGAAGAUUUAUUCGCAUUGAUCCAAAAGUUACAGGCGGAGAGAAUGGAAGACCAGAGAGCUUCUGGACCUAAGUAAAAUUAUUCUAAGCUAUUAUUUAGAAUAGAAAAGACAAGAAAGAAAGAAUGAACGAAACUUUUGAAAUCCUUUAUGCAAUAAUUUUACUUUUCUUUUGUUAUGAUAUAAAAUUUAUCAUUAAUCCAGAGUAUUUCAGUGCCAAGAAAUUCUCAAAUUAGUUAUAUAUAUUUUGUAAGAUAAUAUCUUUUUUAAAAUCCAAAUUGAUUUGGCAAAUGAAUUUUUACAUUAAUUUGUAGAUUAUUCUAAUUUUUUUAUCUUUAAAAAAAUUGAACUGAACUUGAAAGAAAAGUAAUGACAAAAAAUUUCUGGGGACAGAAACUAUAUUUAUCAUUUAUUUGCCAAUUUAAUAUUGAAUAACAGGGUACGAUAAAAUUCUGAUAUUCCAAUUCGUGCCACUGCCAGACUUCAAGUAAAUUUUAUUGCAAAGUAAAGACAAACUAUUGUAUUUAUUUUAUAAAUAUAAAUCAUUUGAUUCUUUUUUAGAACUUUAUUUAGAAUGUCUAGGAUUGCUCAAAAUUAUUUUGAAGGUGCUUCAAAGUAAGCGAUAAAUUGGAAACUCAAAACUAUUUAGAUAAAACAAAAAUACUAUUAGCAAUUGUAUUAAUAUCUUUUACAACAUUUUAAGCAAUUUUUUUAAAUGUUCUACAAUACGCGUUAUUUAUUCAAAUCCAUCCAUUUCAUGGUAAACAAUUUUCAUCUCUUGAACAAAUAUAUCUUUCCAUGUUGACAAUGCCUAUAAACAAGAUAUAUCAAUUAUAUCGUUAAAAUUAUCAACACUCUUGACUUGAAUAGAUAAAAGCUAAAAUUAAAUGACUAAAAAAGUAAUAAUAACUGUUAUUAUUACAAUCUUAAAAUUACAGCUAUAUAUUAUCAUUAUAAAUAAUGAAUAAAAUACAAAAAUCAAAUAAGAAAAGAUGAAAUAUCUUUAAUGAAUUAUAUACAAUUUCUAUAUCUAUAAA